AUGAAAAAGCAAAAUCACCGCCAACAGCCUGAAUCCAAAAACUCAGAUGAUGAUCUGAAACCUUUGAACUCAAUGUCAUGUCCAGGAGAUUAUGAGUCCGCAAGACUGUACAGUGUUUCAUUUGAAAAUGAGAUUCCAUUCUUCAUCUCAGCUCCAGGACCUUUGUCGGAGUUCCUCAGGGUAAUGUGCUCGGCACAACAAUGUUCAACUGCUUCAUCAAAUCCAAACCACAAUUUCCGUGUUUGCAGUACCUGGGGAAAUUAUCACUUUAAAACCUUUGAUGGUGACUUUUAUUAUUUUCCUGGAACUUGCAAUUAUGUCUUCGCUUCCCAAUGUUUAAGUAGUUAUGAGGAAUUCAACAUCCAGAUGAGACGUUCCAUUGUCAAUGGUUUUCCAAGGAUCACUCACAUUGUCCUGAAAGUUGAUGGAACAGUUAUUGAAGUACAGAAUUCAACUAUUUCAGCUGAUGAUAAUCUUGUGACAUUACCUUACACCCAUUCUGGGAUUGUGAUUGAGAAAGUCAGUAAUUACACUCGAAUCACUGCAAAGAUUGGCUUGACUCUUAUUUGGAAUGGAGGUGACGCCCUCACGCUUGAACUGGGCCAGCAGUUUGUCAACACAACAUGUGGACUCUGUGGCGAUUUCAAUGGCAUACGAGAUAAUGAAUUUUUUUCAAACGGACACCACCUGACUCCAAUCCAGUAUGGAAACUUACAGAAACUGAAUGAUCCCAAGGAGCAAUGCAAUGAUGUACCUUCAUCUGAACAAAACAAAAAUUGUUCAACAUUUGAAUCCAUGUGUGAAAGAGCACUCACUGACCCAGGUUUUUCCAACUGCUAUGAUAUCUUAGAUUUAGCACCUUUUAUCAAGAGCUGCAUGCUGGAUAUGUGCCUGUGCAAGGAUUUAGAAAAUCCAUCAUCCUGCAUGUGUAAUACCUUAUCAGAAUUUUCUAGACAAUGUGCUCAUGUUGGAGGUAAACCUAGCAACUGGAGAAGGAAAGGAACGUGUGAGAAGACUUGCCAAUUUAAUAUGACCUAUGAGGAGUGUGGAAUUCCAUGUGCAGACACAUGCUCAAAUCCUGAUAGGAGCCGGAUGUGUGAGGACCACUGCAUUGAUGGCUGCUUCUGUGCUCCAAAUACUGUUCUUGAUGAUAUUUCCAACACUGGAUGUAUUCCAAAAGAACAGUGUCCCUGUACCUACAAUGGAUUAUCUUAUGCACCUGGAGAGUCCUAUUCCACCAAAUGCAGUAAAUGCAAUUGUAAUGGAGGACAGUGGUUUUGUACUGAACUAUCUUGCCCUGGGAUCUGUUCUGUUGAGGGAGGAUCUCAUAUUAAUACAUUUGAUGAAAAGCAAUACACAUUUCAUGGGAAUUGUCAUUAUGUUCUUGCUAAGGACUGCGAAAAUACUUUCUUCACUGUCCUCGGGGAGCUGCAGCAAUGUGGUAUUACAGAAUCUGAAACAUGCUUAAAGUCUGUAUCACUGACUGAACAUAGAUCUCAAACUAUCAUUACAAUUAACCCCAAUGGCCGUGUGUCUGUCAAUGGAAUCUUUACAGAAUUGCCUUUAACCUUUGCUAACUUCACUAUUUUCAUGCCGUCGACUUUCCAUGUUAUCAUUCAUACUUCUUUUGGGCUGCAGCUCCAGGUACAGUUGGUGUCUAUCAUGCAACUCUAUAUAAGACUGGAUUCUGUCUUUAAAAGUCGGGUGUGUGGUCUUUGUGGAAACUUCAACAAUGUGCUCAAUGAUGAAUUUAAAAUAGUCAGUGGUCUUGUGGAAGGAACAUCUGCUGCUUUCGCAAAUACCUGGAAGACUAAAGCUAGCUGCCCUGACAGAAGAGACAUUCAUGAAAACCCUUGCUCCCUCAGUGUUGUAAAUGAAAAGUAUGCUAAACAUUGGUGUGGCCUGCUAUUAGAUGACAACUCUACAUUCGCUCAGUGCCAUUCACAUGUCAACCCAAAUCAGUACUUUGAGCAAUGUAAAUAUGACAGCUGUAACUGUGAAAAAAGUGAGGACUGCAUGUGUGCUGCCCUUUCAUCUUAUGUUCAGGCCUGUGCAACUAAAGGGAUUAUCAUUUCAAACUGGAGGAUGAAUGUAUGCUGUAAGUAUAACAUCAAAUACCUCACCUGUCCCAAGACUCUGAUCUACAGCUACAGUAUGACAAGCUGCCAUCGUACGUGCAAGUCCCUAGGAGCCCCAGAUAAAACAUGUGAGAUUGACUUUGAGCCAGUUGAUGGAUGUGGUUGUACUAAUGGAACCUACAUGGAGGAAUCUGGCGAAUGUGUACCGCCCUCCAGGUGUCCAUGCUAUUAUAGGGGGUUGACAGUGCCAGCAGGAGAGGUCAUUCAUGAGGAAGAUGCCAUGUGUACCUGCAAUCAAGGGAAGCUUGAGUGCAUUGGAAAAGAAUUAAAACUUCAAGUCUGUGCUGCUCCCAUGGUUUACUUUGACUGCAAUAAUGCUUCAGCUGACAGUGUUGGUACAGAGUGUCAGAAGAGUUGCCAAACCCUUGAUAUGGAGUGUUAUGCCACAGGUUGUGUCUCUGGUUGUGUAUGUCCUGAUGGUUUAGUUUCUGAUGGAAGUGGUGGCUGUAUUCCUAUAAAUCAGUGCCCAUGUACUCAUAAUGGAAUUCAGUACCAUUCUGGGGACAUUGUACAGGUGGACUGUAAUUCAUGUGAAUGCAAGAAUAGAUUGUGGACCUGCACAAACCAACAGUGUCAUGGGACAUGUAUGAUCUAUGGAGAUGGGAACUACGUCACUUUCGAUGGAAAACGUUACAAUUUUAAUGGUGACUGUGAAUAUGUUGUUGCACAGGAUUAUUGUGGAAAUAACACCUUGAAUGGUACCUUCAGAGUAAUCACUGAAAACAUCCCUUGUGGGACCACUGGAACAACAUGUUCUAAAUCAAUUAAAAUCUUCUUAGGGAACUUGGAAAUAAAACUCUCAGGUGGAAAGUAUGAAGUGGUAAAGUUUGGUAGCGGCAAACACAUUCCUUAUGAAGUACGUUAUCUUGGCAUUUACCUUGUAAUUGAAGCUAAAAAUGGACUGGUAUUGAUCUGGGAUAAGAAAACAAGCUUGACCAUUAAACUCAGUCACUCCUUUCAGAGUUCCAUCUGUGGAUUGUGUGGUAAUUAUGAUGGCAAUGUACAUAAUGACUUUACAACUAGAAACCAGUUGGUGGUUGUAAACAUGGAGGAGUUUGGAAACAGCUGGAAGGUAUCACCUGUGUGUCCAAAUGCAAAGAAAAAUGAAGACCCUUGUUCAGUUAACCUUCAUCGAGAUGCAUGGGCUCAGAAGCAAUGCAGCAUCCUCAAGGAUAAACCAUUUCUAGCUUGUAAUUCGCAGAUUAAUCCAACCCCAUAUUACGAAGCUUGUGUACGGGAUGCAUGUGCCUGUGACACUGGUGGAGAUUGUGAAUGUUUGUGUACAGCUAUAGCUGCUUAUUCUUUGGCCUGCAGUAUGGCUGGGGUGUGCAUUUCCUGGAGAAAUCCUACAUUUUGUCCUCUGUUUUGUGAUUAUUACAAUCCUGAUGAUGAGUGUGAAUGGCACUAUGCACCUUGUGGCAUUCCCUGUUUGAAAACUUGCCGAAAUCCUGGUGGAGCAUGCUCCAAGAUUAUCCCCAAACUUGAAGGCUGUUACCCAGACUGUCCUGAUGAUAAGCCAUUUUUGGAUGAGGACAAAAUGAAGUGUGUUAAAUUGGACCACUGCCCCUGCUAUGUUAAUGGGAACCACUAUGAGCCAGGCCACAUUGUGCCAAGCACUCAGAACUGUGAAUCAUGCAAGUGUAUAAACAGUAAAGUACAGUGCACCUAUGACAAAUCAGAAUGCGUCUGUGUUUAUGAUGGCAAAACCUUCCAUGAAGGUGAUAUUAUCUACCAUACAACGGAUGGGAUUGGAGGGUGCAUCAAAGCAACAUGCAGUGUAAAUGGGACAAUAAGCAGAGAAGUCUAUCCAUGUACUCCGAAGACCUCCACAACUCCCAGUACGACACUAGCCUUUGAAACAACACCAGCACCCAUUGCAUCUAGCACUAGAAGUUUUACUACAGCAGAAAAUACGCCAGAGAAGAAUGAAACAGCACACACAACUAUACUUUCAGCAACAACCAUUACCCCUACAAGAUCUAAUACAUCAAAGACAGCCCAUGUCAGUGUGACAACCAUUGCUGAGACAACACUAACAAGCAAGACAGUAGCUUCAACUACUCUAUUGAGGACAACAAUGGCAAAAAUCACUGAAACUGCAUCAGAACAAAGCCAAUCAACAUUGAGUACUGCCUCAACAACAUCGCUCACCACAACAGCAACUACAUUAUUGCCGUCUUCUAUGUCAUCAACUACAGUCAUCCCCACAACACCUCAACCAUCAACUUCUCCCUCAGAAAAAACAGUUACACCCUCAAAAACUUCACCACCGACCUCUUCUAUUUCUUCUACUACAGUCACCCCCUCAACAGCUACACCAUCAACAUCUUUCAUUUCUUCAACUACAGUCACUCCUAUGACAACUACACCAUCUACCACUACCUCAGAAAGAACAUUUACGCUUUCAACUCAAACACCAUCAGCUUCUUCCAUCGUAUUAACUACAGUCACUCUCACAGCAAGUACACCAUCAACAAUUUCUUCAGUAAAAACAGUCACUCCUAGAACAACGACACCCAUUUCAUCAACUACAACCACUUCAACAACAUCUACACCAUUGACCUCUUCUAUAUCUUCAACUAUAGUCACACCGACAACUACAUCAUUAACUUCUUCCUCAGAAAAAACAGUCAUUCCAUCAACGCUAUCGACCUCUUCCAUAUUUUCAACUACAGUCACUCCAACAACAACUACACCAUCUACAAUUUCUUCAGAAAAAACAGUUACACCCACAACAACUACAUCAUCAACCACUUCUUCAGAAAAAACAAUUAAGCCCUCAACAACUACACCAUUGACGUCUUUCAUAUCUUCAACUACAGUCACACCCACAACAACUACACCAUCUACCUCUUCCUCAGAACAAACAAUCAGUCACACAAAACAGACGCCAUCAACCUUUUCUAUUACAUCAACUACAGUGACUCCCACAACAACUAUAUCAUCAACCACUUCUUCCAAAGAAACGAUUAUGCCCACAGCAACUACACCAUCAACCACUUCUUCAGAAAAAACAAUUACACUUUCAACAUAUAAACCAUUGACUUCUUCCUUAUCUUCAACUACAGUCACCCCCACAACAACCACGCCAUCAACUUCUCCCUCAGAAAAAACAGUCACCUCAUCAACAACUAUGCCAUUGAUCUCUUCCAUAUCGUCUACUAUAUUCAUCCCCCCAACAACUGCACCUACGAUCACUUCUUCAGAAAAAACAGUUAUGCCAUCAACUACACAAUCAACCUCUUCCAUAUCUUCAACUACAAUCACACCCACAACUACAUCAUCAUCAACCUUUUCCUCUGAAAAAUCAGUUAUCCCAACAAGUAUACCAUUGUCCUCCUCCUCAAAAGCAACAUCAUUCACCACUACAACAACUACAUCAUCAACGUCUUCCAUAUCUUCAGUUACAGUCACCCCUACAAAAGCUACAUCAUCUACUUCUUCCUCAGAAAAAUCAGUCAUCCCAUCAAAAACUACACCAUCUACCUCUUCCUCAAAAACAACAUCAGUUACCAGAACAACUUUACCAUCUACUUCUUCUUCAGAAGAAACAACAAUUCCCACAACUACAUUGUCAACUUCUUCCUCAGAAAAUACCUUUACCACAACUACACUAUUGACCCUUCCCUUAAAAACAUCAUCAGGCACCACUAAGACAACAAAACCAUCGACCUUUUCUGUGUCAUCAGCUACAGUUAUCCCCACAACAUCUACAACAUUGUCUUCCUCCUCAGCAGUAACAUCCACGGCCAUCCCCACAACUACAACAAUGUCUAGUUCUUCUUCAGCAUCAACUAAACUAUCUCCUCCUGUGACAGCACCAUUGAAGUAUACCAAAACAACAACUAGAGCAACAACCACUUCACUGAGCACAAAAACUACUAUCAGCACCUCAGAAACAAGCCAACCAACAUCAACUAUUUCCUCAGUAUCAAAAACCAAAGUCAUCCCAACAACAUCCACUACUUCCUCACCAUCAACAGUCUCCCUAACAACCACUGCAACAUUGACUACUUCUUCUGCAACAACCAUCAUCUUCCCAACUACAACUGCUGCAAAAACUAAAGUGACAUCAGAACAAAGUGAAACAACAUUCACUACAACCUCACCAACAACAGUUUGUUCAUGUCAAAUAAAUGGGCAAAUGCUGUCACCUGGACAGGCAGUGGUGACUUCUGUAGGUAAAUCAGACCUGUGUAACUUUACACUCUGUACCAAGAGCUGUGAGAUUGUGAAGUACACAGGCAAAUGUCACACCACUACAGCGCCUACUACAACUCCAUCUGAAACUGCAACAACAGUAACAGUAACUCCCACAACUACAGAAACAACAAGAUGCUCUUGCCACGCCAACGGACAAACAUUAUCACCUGGACAGGCAGUGGUGACUUCUGUAGGUAAUUCAGACCUGUGUAACUUUACGCUCUGUACCAAGAGCUGUGAGAUUGUGAAGUACACAGGCAAAUGUCACACCACUACAGUGCCUACUACAACUCCAUCUGAAACUGCAACUACAGUAACAGUAACUCCCACAACUACAGAAACAACAAGAUGCUCUUGCCACGCCAAUGGACAAACAUUAUCACCUGGACAGGCAGUGGUGACUUCUGUAGGUAAAUCAGACCUGUGUAACUUUACACUCUGUACCAAGAGCUGUGAGAUUGUGAAGUACACAGGCAAAUGUCACACCACUACAGCGCCUACUACAACUCCAUCUGAAACUGCAACAACAGUAACAGUAACUCCCACAACUACAGAAACAACAAGAUGCUCUUGCCACGCCAAUGGACAAACAUUAUCACCUGGACAGGCAGUGGUGACUUCUGUAGGUAAAUCAGACCUGUGUAACUUUACACUCUGUACCAAGAGCUGUGAGAUUGUGAAGUACACAGGCAAAUGUCACACCACUACAGCGCCUACUACAACUCCAUCUGAAACUGCAACAACAGUAACAGUAACUCCCACAACUACAGAAACAACAAGAUGCUCUUGCCACGCCAAUGGACAAACAUUAUCACCUGGACAGGCAGUGGUGACUUCUCUAGGUAAAUCAGACCUGUGUAACUUUACACUCUGUACCAAGAGCUGUGAGAUUGUGAAGUACACAGGCAAAUGUCACACCACUACAGCGCCUACUACAACUCCAUCUGAAACUGCAACAACAGUAACAGUAACUCCCACAACUACAGAAACAACAAGAUGCUCUUGCCACGCCAACGGACAAACAUUAUCACCUGGACAGGCAGUGGUGACUUCUGUAGGUAAUUCAGACCUGUGUAACUUUACGCUCUGUACCAAGAGCUGUGAGAUUGUGAAGUACACAGGCAAAUGUCACACCACUACAGUGCCUACUACAACUCCAUCUGAAACUGCAACUACAGUAACAGUAACUCCCACAACUACAGAAACAACAAGAUGCUCUUGCCACGCCAAUGGACAAACAUUAUCACCUGGACAGGCAGUGGUGACUUCUGUAGGUAAAUCAGACCUGUGUAACUUUACACUCUGUACCAAGAGCUGUGAGAUUGUGAAGUACACAGGCAAAUGUCACACCACUACAGCGCCUACUACAACUCCAUCUGAAACUGCAACAACAGUAACAGUAACUCCCACAACUACAGAAACAACAAGAUGCUCUUGCCACGCCAAUGGACAAACAUUAUCACCUGGACAGGCAGUGGUGACUUCUGUAGGUAAAUCAGACCUGUGUAACUUUACACUCUGUACCAAGAGCUGUGAGAUUGUGAAGUACACAGGCAAAUGUCACACCACUACAGCGCCUACUACAACUCCAUCUGAAACUGCAACAACAGUAACAGUAACUCCCACAACUACAGAAACAACAAGAUGCUCUUGCCACGCCAAUGGACAAACAUUAUCACCUGGACAGGCAGUGGUGACUUCUCUAGGUAAAUCAGACCUGUGUAACUUUACACUCUGUACCAAGAGCUGUGAGAUUGUGAAGUACACAGGCAAAUGUCACACCACUACAGCGCCUACUACAACUCCAUCUGAAACUGCAACAACAGUAACAGUAACUCCCACAACUACAGAAACAACAAGAUGCUCUUGCCACGCCAACGGACAAACAUUAUCACCUGGACAGGCAGUGGUGACUUCUGUAGGUAAUUCAGACCUGUGUAACUUUACGCUCUGUACCAAGAGCUGUGAGAUUGUGAAGUACACAGGCAAAUGUCACACCACUACAGUGCCUACUACAACUCCAUCUGAAACUGCAACUACAGUAACAGUAACUCCCACAACUACAGAAACAACAAGAUGCUCUUGCCACGCCAAUGGACAAACAUUAUCACCUGGACAGGCAGUGGUGACUUCUGUAGGUAAAUCAGACCUGUGUAACUUUACACUCUGUACCAAGAGCUGUGAGAUUGUGAAGUACACAGGCAAAUGUCACACCACUACAGCGCCUACUACAACUCCAUCUGAAACUGCAACAACAGUAACAGUAACUCCCACAACUUCAGAAACAACAAGAUGCUCUUGCCACGCCAAUGGACAAACAUUAUCACCUGGACAGGCAGUGGUGACUUCUGUAGGUAAAUCAGACCUGUGUAACUUUACACUCUGUACCAAGAGCUGUGAGAUUGUGAAGUACACAGGCAAAUGUCACACCACUACAGCGCCUACUACAACUCCAUCUGAAACUGCAACAACAGUAACAGUAACUCCCACAACUACAGAAACAACAAGAUGCUCUUGCCACGCCAAUGGACAAACAUUAUCACCUGGACAGGCAGUGGUGACUUCUGUAGGUAAAUCAGACCUGUGUAACUUUACACUCUGUACCAAGAGCUGUGAGAUUGUGAAGUACACAGGCAAAUGUCACACCACUACAGCGCCUACUACAACUCCAUCUGAAACUGCAACAACAGUAACAGUAACUCCCACAACUACAGAAACAACAAGAUGCUCUUGCCACGCCAAUGGACAAACAUUAUCACCUGGACAGGCAGUGGUGACUUCUGUAGGUAAAUCAGACCUGUGUAACUUUACACUCUGUACCAAGAGCUGUGAGAUUGUGAAGUACACAGGCAAAUGUCACACCACUACAGCGCCUACUACAACUCCAUCUGAAACUGCAACAACAGUAACAGUAACUCCCACAACUUCAGAAACAACAAGAUGCUCUUGCCACGCCAAUGGACAAACAUUAUCACCUGGACAGGCAGUGGUGACUUCUGUAGGUAAAUCAGACCUGUGUAACUUUACACUCUGUACCAAGAGCUGUGAGAUUGUGAAGUACACAGGCAAAUGUCACACCACUACAGCGCCUACUACAACUCCAUCUGAAACUGCAACAACAGUAACAGUAACUCCCACAACUACAGAAACAACAAGAUGCUCUUGCCACGCCAAUGGACAAACAUUAUCACCUGGACAGGCAGUGGUGACUUCUGUAGGUAAAUCAGACCUGUGUAACUUUACACUCUGUACCAAGAGCUGUGAGAUUGUGAAGUACACAGGCAAAUGUCACACCACUACAGCGCCUACUACAACUCCAUCUGAAACUGCAACAACAGUAACAGUAACUCCCACAACUACAGAAACAACAAGAUGCUCUUGCCACGCCAAUGGACAAACAUUAUCACCUGGACAGGCAGUGGUGACUUCUGUAGGUAAAUCAGACCUGUGUAACUUUACACUCUGUACCAAGAGCUGUGAGAUUGUGAAGUACACAGGCAAAUGUCACACCACUACAGCGCCUACUACAACUCCAUCUGAAACUGCAACAACAGUAACAGUAACUCCCACAACUACAGAAACAACAAGAUGCUCUUGCCACGCCAAUGGACAAACAUUAUCACCUGGACAGGCAGUGGUGACUUCUGUAGGUAAAUCAGACCUGUGUAACUUUACACUCUGUACCAAGAGCUGUGAGAUUGUGAAGUACACAGGCAAAUGUCACACCACUACAGCGCCUACUACAACUCCAUCUGAAACUGCAACAACAGUAACAGUAACUCCCACAACUACAGAAACAACAAGAUGCUCUUGCCACGCCAAUGGACAAACAUUAUCACCUGGACAGGCAGUGGUGACUUCUGUAGGUAAAUCAGACCUGUGUAACUUUACACUCUGUACCAAGAGCUGUGAGAUUGUGAAGUACACAGGCAAAUGUCACACCACUACAGCGCCUACUACAACUCCAUCUGAAACUGCAACAACAGUAACAGUAACUCCCACAACUACAGAAACAACAAGAUGCUCUUGCCACGCCAAUGGACAAACAUUAUCACCUGGACAGGCAGUGGUGACUUCUGUAGGUAAAUCAGACCUGUGUAACUUUACACUCUGUACCAAGAGCUGUGAGAUUGUGAAGUACACAGGCAAAUGUCACACCACUACAGCGCCUACUACAACUCCAUCUGAAACUGCAACAACAGUAACAGUAACUCCCACAACUACAGAAACAACAAGAUGCUCUUGCCACGCCAAUGGACAAACAUUAUCACCUGGACAGGCAGUGGUGACUUCUGUAGGUAAAUCAGACCUGUGUAACUUUACACUCUGUACCAAGAGCUGUGAGAUUGUGAAGUACACAGGCAAAUGUCACACCACUACAGCGCCUACUACAACUCCAUCUGAAACUGCAACAACAGUAACAGUAACUCCCACAACUACAGAAACAACAAGAUGCUCUUGCCACGCCAAUGGACAAACAUUAUCACCUGGACAGGCAGUGGUGACUUCUGUAGGUAAAUCAGACCUGUGUAACUUUACACUCUGUACCAAGAGCUGUGAGAUUGUGAAGUACACAGGCAAAUGUCACACCACUACAGCGCCUACUACAACUCCAUCUGAAACUGCAACAACAGUAACAGUAACUCCCACAACUACAGAAACAACAAGAUGCUCUUGCCACGCCAAUGGACAAACAUUAUCACCUGGACAGGCAGUGGUGACUUCUCUAGGUAAAUCAGACCUGUGUAACUUUACACUCUGUACCAAGAGCUGUGAGAUUGUGAAGUACACAGGCAAAUGUCACACCACUACAGCGCCUACUACAACUCCAUCUGAAACUGCAACAACAGUAACAGUAACUCCCACAACGACAGAAACAACAAGAUGCUCUUGCCACGCCAAUGGACAAACAUUAUCACCUGGACAGGCAGUGGUGACUUCUGUAGGUAAAUCAGACCUGUGUAACUUUACACUCUGUACCAAGAGCUGUGAGAUUGUGAAGUACACAGGCAAAUGUCACACCACUACAGCGCCUACUACAACUCCAUCUGAAACUGCAACAACAGUAACAGUAACUCCCACAACUACAGAAACAACAAGAUGCUCUUGCCACGCCAAUGGACAAACAUUAUCACCUGGACAGGCAGUGGUGACUUCUCUAGGUAAAUCAGACCUGUGUAACUUUACACUCUGUACCAAGAGCUGUGAGAUUGUGAAGUACACAGGCAAAUGUCACACCACUACAGCGCCUACUACAACUCCAUCUGAAACUGCAACAACAGUAACAGUAACUCCCACAACGACAGAAACAACAAGAUGCUCUUGCCACGCCAAUGGACAAACAUUAUCACCUGGACAGGCAGUGGUGACUUCUGUAGGUAAAUCAGACCUGUGUAACUUUACACUCUGUACCAAGAGCUGUGAGAUUGUGAAGUACACAGGCAAAUGUCACACCACUACAGCGCCUACUACAACUCCAUCUGAAACUGCAACAACAGUAACAGUAACUCCCACAACUACAGAAACAACAAGAUGCUCUUGCCACGCCAAUGGACAAACAUUAUCACCUGGACAGGCAGUGGUGACUUCUCUAGGUAAAUCAGACCUGUGUAACUUUACACUCUGUACCAAGAGCUGUGAGAUUGUGAAGUACACAGGCAAAUGUCACACCACUACAGCGCCUACUACAACUCCAUCUGAAACUGCAACAACAGUAACAGUAACUCCCACAACUACAGAAACAACAAGAUGCUCUUGCCACGCCAAUGGACAAACAUUAUCACCUGGACAGGCAGUGGUGACUUCUGUAGGUAAAUCAGACCUGUGUAACUUUACACUCUGUACCAAGAGCUGUGAGAUUGUGAAGUACACAGGCAAAUGUCACACCACUACAGCGCCUACUACAACUCCAUCUGAAACUGCAACAACAGUAACAGUAACUCCCACAACUACAGAAACAACAAGAUGCUCUUGCCACGCCAAUGGACAAACAUUAUCACCUGGACAGGCAGUGGUGACUUCUGUAGGUAAAUCAGACCUGUGUAACUUUACACUCUGUACCAAGAGCUGUGACAUUGUGAAGUACACAGGCAAAUGUCACACCACUACAGCGCCUACUACAACUCCAUCUGAAACUGCAACAACAGUAACAGUAACUCCCACAACUACAGAAACAACAAGAUGCUCUUGCCACGCCAACGGACAAACAUUAUCACCUGGACAGGCAGUGGUGACUUCUGUAGGUAAUUCAGACCUGUGUAACUUUACGCUCUGUACCAAGAGCUGUGAGAUUGUGAAGUACACAGGCAAAUGUCACACCACUACAGUGCCUACUACAACUCCAUCCGAAACUGCAACUACAGUAACAGUAACUCCCACAACUACAGAAACAACAAGAUGCUCUUGCCACGCCAAUGGACAAACAUUAUCACCUGGACAGGCAGUGGUGACUUCUGUAGGUAAAUCAGACCUGUGUAACUUUACACUCUGUACCAAGAGCUGUGAGAUUGUGAAGUACACAGGCAAAUGUCACACCACUACAGCGCCUACUACAACUCCAUCUGAAACUGCAACAACAGUAACAGUAACUCCCACAACUACAGAAACAACAAGAUGCUCUUGCCACGCCAAUGGACAAACAUUAUCACCUGGACAGGCAGUGGUGACUUCUGUAGGUAAAUCAGACCUGUGUAACUUUACACUCUGUACCAAGAGCUGUGAGAUUGUGAAGUACACAGGCAAAUGUCACACCACUACAGCGCCUACUACAACUCCAUCUGAAACUGCAACAACAGUAACAGUAACUCCCACAACUACAGAAACAACAAGAUGCUCUUGCCACGCCAACGGACAAACAUUAUCACCUGGACAGGCAGUGGUGACUUCUGUAGGUAAUUCAGACCUGUGUAACUUUACGCUCUGUACCAAGAGCUGUGAGAUUGUGAAGUACACAGGCAAAUGUCACACCACUACAGUGCCUACUACAACUCCAUCCGAAACUGCAACUACAGUAACAGUAACUCCCACAACUACAGAAACAACAAGAUGCUCUUGCCACGCCAAUGGACAAACAUUAUCACCUGGACAGGCAGUGGUGACUUCUGUAGGUAAAUCAGACCUGUGUAACUUUACACUCUGUACCAAGAGCUGUGAGAUUGUGAAGUACACAGGCAAAUGUCACACCACUACAGCGCCUACUACAACUCCAUCUGAAACUGCAACAACAGUAACAGUAACUCCCACAACUACAGAAACAACAAGAUGCUCUUGCCACGCCAAUGGACAAACAUUAUCACCUGGACAGGCAGUGGUGACUUCUGUAGGUAAAUCAGACCUGUGUAACUUUACACUCUGUACCAAGAGCUGUGAGAUUGUGAAGUACACAGGCAAAUGUCACACCACUACAGCGCCUACUACAACUCCAUCUGAAACUGCAACAACAGUAACAGUAACUCCCACAACUACAGAAACAACAAGAUGCUCUUGCCACGCCAAUGGACAAACAUUAUCACCUGGACAGGCAGUGGUGACUUCUGUAGGUAAAUCAGACCUGUGUAACUUUACACUCUGUACCAAGAGCUGUGAGAUUGUGAAGUACACAGGCAAAUGUCACACCACUACAGCGCCUACUACAACUCCAUCUGAAACUGCAACAACAGUAACAGUAACUCCCACAACUACAGAAACAACAAGAUGCUCUUGCCACGCCAAUGGACAAACAUUAUCACCUGGACAGGCAGUGGUGACUUCUGUAGGUAAAUCAGACCUGUGUAACUUUACACUCUGUACCAAGAGCUGUGAGAUUGUGAAGUACACAGGCAAAUGUCACACCACUACAGCGCCUACUACAACUCCAUCUGAAACUGCAACAACAGUAACAGUAACUCCCACAACUACAGAAACAACAAGAUGCUCUUGCCACGCCAACGGACAAACAUUAUCACCUGGACAGGCAGUGGUGACUUCUGUAGGUAAUUCAGACCUGUGUAACUUUACGCUCUGUACCAAGAGCUGUGAGUUUGUGAAGUACACAGGCAAAUGUCACACCACUACAGUGCCUACUACAACUCCAUCCGAAACUGCAACUACAGUAACAGUAACUCCCACAACUACAGAAACAACAAGAUGCUCUUGCCACGCCAAUGGACAAACAUUAUCACCUGGACAGGCAGUGGUGACUUCUGUAGGUAAAUCAGACCUGUGUAACUUUACACUCUGUACCAAGAGCUGUGAGAUUGUGAAGUACACAGGCAAAUGUCACACCACUACAGCGCCUACUACAACUCCAUCUGAAACUGCAACAACAGUAACAGUAACUCCCACAACUACAGAAACAACAAGAUGCUCUUGCCACGCCAAUGGACAAACAUUAUCACCUGGACAGGCAGUGGUGACUUCUGUAGGUAAAUCAGACCUGUGUAACUUUACACUCUGUACCAAGAGCUGUGAGAUUGUGAAGUACACAGGCAAAUGUCACACCACUACAGCGCCUACUACAACUCCAUCUGAAACUGCAACAACAGUAACAGUAACUCCCACAACUACAGAAACAACAAGAUGCUCUUGCAACGCCAAUGGACAAACAUUAUCACCUGGACAGGCAGUGGUGACUUCUGUAGGUAAAUCAGACCUGUGUAACUUUACACUCUGUACCAAGAGCUGUGAGAUUGUGAAGUACACAGGCAAAUGUCACACCACUACAGCGCCUACUACAACUCCAUCUGAAACUGCAACAACAGUAACAGUAACUCCCACAACUACAGAAACAACAAGAUGCUCUUGCCACGCCAAUGGACAAACAUUAUCACCUGGACAGGCAGUGGUGACUUCUCUAGGUAAAUCAGACCUGUGUAACUUUACACUCUGUACCAAGAGCUGUGAGAUUGUGAAGUACACAGGCAAAUGUCACACCACUACAGCGCCUACUACAACUCCAUCUGAAACUGCAACAACAGUAACAGUAACUCCCACAACUACAGAAACAACAAGAUGCUCUUGCCACGCCAAUGGACAAACAUUAUCACCUGGACAGGCAGUGGUGACUUCUGUAGGUAAAUCAGACCUGUGUAACUUUACACUCUGUACCAAGAGCUGUGAGAUUGUGAAGUACACAGGCAAAUGUCACACCACUACAGCGCCUACUACAACUCCAUCUGAAACUGCAACAACAGUAACAGUAACUCCCACAACUACAGAAACAACAAGAUGCUCUUGCCACGCCAAUGGACAAACAUUAUCACCUGGACAGGCAGUGGUGACUUCUGUAGGUAAAUCAGACCUGUGUAACUUUACACUCUGUACCAAGAGCUGUGAGAUUGUGAAGUACACAGGCAAAUGUCACACCACUACAGCGCCUACUACAACUCCAUCUGAAACUGCAACAACAGUAACAGUAACUCCCACAACUACAGAAACAACAAGAUGCUUUUGCCACGCCAAUGGACAAACAUUAUCACCUGGACAGGCAGUGGUGACUUCUGUAGGUAAAUCAGACCUGUGUAACUUUACACUCUGUACCAAGAGCUGUGAGAUUGUGAAGUACACAGGCAAAUGUCACACCACGACAGCGCCUACUACAACUCCAUCUGAAACUGCAACAACAGUAACAGUAACUCCCACAACUACAGAAACAACAAGAUGCUCUUGCCACGCCAAUGGACAAACAUUAUCACCUGGACAGGCAGUGGUGACUUCUGUAGGUAAAUCAGACCUGUGUAACUUUACACUCUGUACCAAGAGCUGUGAGAUUGUGAAGUACACAGGCAAAUGUCACACCACGACAGCGCCUACUACAACUCCAUCUGAAACUGCAACAACAGUAACAGUAACUCCCACAACUACAGAAACAACAAGAUGCUCUUGCCACGCCAAUGGACAAACAUUAUCACCUGGACAGGCAGUGGUGACUUCUGUAGGUAAAUCAGACCUGUGUAACUUUACACUCUGUACCAAGAGCUGUGAGAUUGUGAAGUACACAGGCAAAUGUCACACCACUACAGCGCCUACUACAACUCCAUCUGAAACUGCAACAACAGUAACAGUAACUCCCACAACUACAGAAACAACAAGAUGCUCUUGCCACGCCAAUGGACAAACAUUAUCACCUGGACAGGCAGUGGUGACUUCUGUAGGUAAAUCAGACCUGUGUAACUUUACACUCUGUACCAAGAGCUGUGAGAUUGUGAAGUACACAGGCAAAUGUCACACCACGACAGCGCCUACUACAACUCCAUCUGAAACUGCAACAACAGUAACAGUAACUCCCACAACUACAGAAACAACAAGAUGCUCUUGCCACGCCAAUGGACAAACAUUAUCACCUGGACAGGCAGUGGUGACUUCUGUAGGUAAAUCAGACCUGUGUAACUUUACACUCUGUACCAAGAGCUGUGAGAUUGUGAAGUACACAGGCAAAUGUCACACCACUACAGCGCCUACUACAACUCCAUCUGAAACUGCAACAACAGUAACAGUAACUCCCACAACUACAGAAACAACAAGAUGCUCUUGCCACGCCAAUGGACAAACAUUAUCACCUGGACAGGCAGUGGUGACUUCUGUAGGUAAAUCAGACCUGUGUAACUUUACACUCUGUACCAAGAGCUGUGAGAUUGUGAAGUACACAGGCAAAUGUCACACCACUACAGCGCCUACUACAACUCCAUCUGAAACUGCAACAACAGUAACAGUAACUCCCACAACUACAGAAACAACAAGAUGCUCUUGCCACGCCAAUGGACAAACAUUAUCACCUGGACAGGCAGUGGUGACUUCUGUAGGUAAAUCAGACCUGUGUAACUUUACACUCUGUACCAAGAGCUGUGAGAUUGUGAAGUACACAGGCAAAUGUCACACCACUACAGCGCCUACUACAACUCCAUCUGAAACUGCAACAACAGUAACAGUAACUCCCACAACUACAGAAACAACAAGAUGCUCUUGCCACGCCAAUGGACAAACAUUAUCACCUGGACAGGCAGUGGUGACUUCUGUAGGUAAAUCAGACCUGUGUAACUUUACACUCUGUACCAAGAGCUGUGAGAUUGUGAAGUACACAGGCAAAUGUCACACCACUACAGCGCCUACUACAACUCCAUCUGAAACUGCAACAACAGUAACAGUAACUCCCACAACUACAGAAACAACAAGAUGCUUUUGCCACGCCAAUGGACAAACAUUAUCACCUGGACAGGCAGUGGUGACUUCUGUAGGUAAAUCAGACCUGUGUAACUUUACACUCUGUACCAAGAGCUGUGAGAUUGUGAAGUACACAGGCAAAUGUCACACCACUACAGCGCCUACUACAACUCCAUCUGAAACUGCAACAACAGUAACAGUAACUCCCACAACUACAGAAACAACAAGAUGCUCUUGCCACGCCAAUGGACAAACAUUAUCACCUGGACAGGCAGUGGUGACUUCUGUAGGUAAAUCAGACCUGUGUAACUUUACACUCUGUACCAAGAGCUGUGAGAUUGUGAAGUACACAGGCAAAUGUCACACCACGACAGCGCCUACUACAACUCCAUCUGAAACUGCAACAACAGUAACAGUAACUCCCACAACUACAGAAACAACAAGAUGCUCUUGCCACGCCAAUGGACAAACAUUAUCACCUGGACAGGCAGUGGUGACUUCUCUAGGUAAAUCAGACCUGUGUAACUUUACACUCUGUACCAAGAGCUGUGAGAUUGUGAAGUACACAGGCAAAUGUCACACCACUACAGCGCCUACUACAACUCAAUCUGAAACUGCAACAACAGUAACAGUAACUCCCACAACUACAGAAACAACAAGAUGCUCUUGCCACGCCAAUGGACAAACAUUAUCACCUGGACAGGCAGUGGUGACUUCUGUAGGUAAAUCAGACCUGUGUAACUUUACACUCUGUACCAAGAGCUGUGAGAUUGUGAAGUACACAGGCAAAUGUCACACCACUACAGCGCCUACUACAACUCCAUCUGAAACUGCAACAACAGUAACAGUAACUCCCACAACUACAGAAACAACAAGAUGCUUUUGCCACGCCAAUGGACAAACAUUAUCACCUGGACAGGCAGUGGUGACUUCUGUAGGUAAAUCAGACGUGUGUAACUUUACACUCUGUACCAAGAGCUGUGAGAUUGUGAAGUACACAGGCAAAUGUCACACCACUACAGCGCCUACUACAACUCCAUCUGAAACUGCAACAACAGUAACAGUAACUCCCACAACUACAGAAACAACAAGAUGCUCUUGCCACGCCAAUGGACAAACAUUAUCACCUGGACAGGCAGUGGUGACUUCUGUCGGUAAAUCAGACCUGUGUAACUUUACACUCUGUACCAAGAGCUGUGAGAUUGUGAAGUACACAGGACAGGCAGUGGUGACUUCUGUAGGUAAAUCAGACCUGUGUAACUUUACACUCUGUACCAAGAGCUGUGAGAUUGUGAAGUACACAGGCAAAUGUCACACCACUACAGCGCCUACUACAACUCCAUCUGAAACUGCAACAACAGUAACAGUAACUCCCACAACUACAGAAACAACAAGAUGCUCUUGCUACGCCAAUGGACAAACAUUAUCACCUGGACAGGCAGUGGUGACUUCUGUAGGUAAAUCAGACCUGUGUAACUUUACACUCUGUACCAAGAGCUGUGAGAUUGUGAAGUACACAGGCAAAUGUCACACCACUACAGCGCCUACUACAACUCCAUCUGAAACUGCAACAACAGUAACAGUAACUCCCACAACUACAGAAACAACAAGAUGCUCUUGCCAUGCCAACGGACAAACAUUAUCACCUGGACAGGCAGUGGUGACUUCUGUAGGUAAAUCAGACCUGUGUAACUUUACACUCUGUACCAAGAGCUGUGAGAUUGUGAAGUACACAGGCAAAUGUCACACCACUACAGCACCUACUACAACUCCAUCUGAAACUGCAACAACAGUAACAGUAACUCCCACAACUACAGAAACAACAAGAUGCUCUUGCCACGCCAAUGGACAAACAUUAUCACCUGGACAGGCAGUGGUGACUUCUGUAGGUAAAUCUGACCUGUGUAACUUUACGCUCUGUACCAAGAGCUGUGAGAUUGUGAAGUACACAGACGAGUGUCACACCACUACAGCGCCUACUACAACUCCGUCCGAAACUGCAACAACAGUAACAGUAACUCCAACAGCUGCAGAAAUAACAAGAUGCUCUUGCCACGCCAAUGGACAAUUAUUCUCACCUGGGGAAAUUGUAUACCAUUCUCAAGACAAAGAAGGCUGGUGUUUUUAUGCAUUGUGUGCAGAAAACUGCCAUAUUGUGAAGCACAUGAAACCAUGUGAAAAAACCACAUCACCUCAGCCAACCACACAGUCUCCCACACCAACAACAGUGUCACCAGAAGGUUGCUCAGCUCUGCAUCCUCCAAGAGCUUCUCAAACGCCAAAGGUGGAUCCUCUUCUGGAGUUUCAGGCAGUGAUUUUGGGACGAAGUCAUUGGUAUCGCUUGAUACUGCUGCAGCUGCACAUGAAGCUUGAUACGAGGCAUCCCACGUCAGCUGUGAAACUGCACUGA